UCUUCAACACUGUCCUUCUUAUGAAAAACUAAAUUGAAGAUCUUUGCAUGUUGUAAUUAAUUUGAUAACUAGCAUAUUGACAAAUUAAGUACAGGAUUAAGACAUCUUCACAGAAUUAUGGUCGCUGGCCCCGAAGUGCUCCCCCACUGACACCACAGAUACGUCACUGAAUAAGCAGCGUAAGACGGUUGGGCCUGGGACACAACCCUAAAGGAACACCUGCAGAGAUGUAUUGGAGCGGAGAUGACUGACCUCAAACUACCACAACCAUCUUCCUAUGUGCCAGAAAUAAACAUUUAUCAAUUUCAUUAUCUGAAAGUAUGGGAACUACCAAUCUGUCGAUGAGCUACUGGCAACCAGAAAAUGGAAGUAAAUUACUAAAGGCGAGAACAGAGAUGAAUAUAUUGGCUGACCAAAACUGUACUAUACAUGACAACUUCCUAUCGAUUCUUUUACCUGUGGUGUACUCUCUCAUAUUUUUAACCGGACUGAUUGGCAACAUUGCAGCACUAUGCAUAUUUUUCUUCAUUCAAAACAAGAAAAAUUCCAUCCACAUCUAUUUGAUUAACAUGGCAAUUGCAGACCUCUUCUCAAUCUCCUCCUUGCCUUUCAGAAUAGCAUAUCAUGCAAAUCAUAACCAGUGGAUGUUAGGGAAAUUGUUCUGCAAUAUCAUUGGCAAUGUAUUUUACAUGACAAUGUAUAUUAGCAUUAUACUUUUGGGACUCAUCAGUGUGGAUCGGUACUUAAAAAUAACAAGGCCUUUGCAGCAUUAUAAAAUACGGAAUGCUACCCAAAGUGCAAUAAUUUGUGCUGCCAUCUGGUUUGUUUCAAUUCUGAUUGUAAUACCAAUGCUUUUGAAGACUAAAGACAGUUCCGAUGACAAUUCAAAGUGCUUUCAUUAUCGAGAAAGAGACCAGUUCAAAACCUAUAUUAAUAUUUUCAUUGUCAUAAUGUUUUGGGUUGUAUUUUUUUGCCUCAUUCUUUCGUAUGGAAAGAUUUCCAAAAAGCUUUUCAUGCUUGGUAAAGAAAAACCUGGUUUUUCUAACAGCAAAAUUCUCAGCAAAAUUGCAACAAAAACGUUCAUUGUUCUUUUCAUUUUUACCAUAUGCUUCGUCCCAUAUCAUAUCUCCCGAUUCUUCUACAUUGCAUCUCAGCUUCACAUAACAAGCUGUUACUGGAAAAAUGUGAUGAAUAAAACGAAUGAGAUAUCACUUUUGCUUUCUGCUUUCAACAGUUGCCUUGACCCAAUCAUGUAUUUUCUGCUCUCAAAGACUGUUAGAAAAACAGUGCGGAAUUUAGUCAGCGAAAAAUUCCAGAAAGACAUAAGAAGUGAGAGCACUUAAAAGUACAUUAUCUCCAGUUCUAGAUAUGCAUGGGUCUGUUUCAAACAGUUUGAGCAUGCAGUU